GUCAAGCUUCGACUGCACAGCAACGCCACGGAGAAAAACUGAGUCUAAAAUGUGUCUUUUUUGACAACUUUACAGGCGUAAAUUCAGGUUCCCUGAAAUUCAUUCACGCAUGCGCGCUAGAGCCAGAGAGGUUGUCAACAACAUCGUAGAAGUCGUCAUAGCGCGCCAUAUUGAACGCUAAGCACGAGGAUUUCAGCAAUUUUGAACAUUUGGAAAUGGAAAAAAAUAAUGAAUCACGCUCUAGUGAUCCUGCGUGUGAAAGGUUAAAUGAUCCUUCACCAAAGGCUUAUGUGCGUUGUGUGGUGUGUAAUGCCAAUUCUUGGUAUUUUCCUGAAAGAAAAUUCUUUCGGUUUCCUAAAAAUCCAGAGAGAUCAGCACAAUGGCUUGAAGCAUGUAGAAUUUACUUGAUUGGACGUGACAAGGAAAUAUUAAAGAAGCCACCUUCUCUUUUAUAUCGAAGUCGUCUUUGUUCCGCACAUUUUGAAGACAAUGCAUAUUCCACAACUAAGAAGCAUUUUUUGCAUUCGAGUGCUAAACCAACAAAAUUUGGUGAAACAGCUGAUGAGCUGUCCAGAAACGACAGAGUUGUAAAUGUUCAUCAGCUGUCUAUGAAGUUGUGCUCGAAAUUGCAGCAGCAUGCAAUCAGUAUCGAUGAUAAUUCAAGUCCUUUGGCAGAAACAGAUUCUGGCACUUCACAAACAGAUUCUGGCUCUCUAGAACUUGGUUCACACCAGCACUCCAUAGAACUAAAUAAUAUCACCGAGACACCAAAAAGAUUAAAAUGCAACAAAAAUUUAACACCAAAAUCUUUAAAAAUAAGGCAGUUAAGUCAUAAGCUGGCAUAUUUAAAACGAAAACAUUCAGCAAAAAGGAAAGCAAACAAAGCUGGAGUCGAAAAGGCACUCCAGCUGAUUAGCUCAUUAGUUAGUUCUGUAGUUUUCACACUUUUAUAA